AUGUCAAUAGAACCUAAAGUCGUGUCAGUGCACGUGAACCUGACCUGGAGCACCCGCUUAGACUCGUGUCAGCACGGUCAUUGCAGCCUCGCAAACUUACCGCGUAUAGGCAACUCAACUGAUGACUUAGGCGAGCAAGUGACUGAUGUAGGAUAG